UCUUUCUCUAGCCGAAUUCUAUUUUCCAGUCCAAAAAACUCUGAAGUCAUCAUUCCCUCUCAGUUUGAAAACUCGAUUAACAACUCAAUCUUUAGACAAAAUCUCGAUUCAUUUUAAGUGAAGAAGAUUUCUCGAUUAAAUCAAGCAAACCAUUUCGUUUUAGGUGAAGAAGAUUACAAUGUUUGCCUAAUCUAGGGUUCUUAGAAUAUUUUUUUUCUGUGAGGUUUUUGCUAUAAUGGAGAGACUUUACCUAUGGGUUUUAUUUAAUUUUUGUUUUUCUUCUUAGAUAUGGGUUUUAGAGUUUUCUGAUGAUGAUGCCUUGAUGUUCUCCCUUAACAAAAAAAAACCCAGAAAACCCAGGUUAGGGUUUCUUCAAAUCAAGACCUCGUUCUGUUCAUUUGCAUUAAGGUAUGAAGGAACAUGAUGAUUUAUCUCAUAGAAAAGUGUAUGUUGCUCAAAAGGGGCUUGUCAAGUAUCUUCAGUGGUUACAGGUAUGAGGACUAAAUGGUACACUCAAUUCGUUGUUGUGGUUGAUAUGAGUGUUUAAAGGGUUAGGAAUUAUGGGUCUGUUUUCAAUUCGUGAGUAGUUGCAGGGAAGGAGAUGAGACAGGGGUUAGAAGGAUACACUCAAUUCAUCUUUGCAAACAGAAAGUCGUGCACACAACAUGUUUGAGGAAAUGCCCGAGUGCUAGCUGAAGUUGUUAUUACUGUGAAUAAGGGAUUGAAAGUUUUAUUUAAUGAAAUGGUCUUGCUGCAAGCUGUUGUAGGGGUAUAUGGAUUGCAGUGCAGGAACUGGUGAUUGAUGUUGGCUAGAAAUGGGGAAGACGCAAGCGCAAUGGCUAUGAAUUCAUAGAAAUUCAACUGGUUCCUGGUGAUGAACUAAAAUGGGUCAAACUCUGCACAGAUGAUGACUUUGUCGCAGUUUCCUCUUUACAGAAUUGGAAAACCAAACUCAUGCCAAGCGUUUGAUUGGUAGGAACUUCUGUGACACCGCUGUCCAAGGUGGUAUCAAGAACUGGCCAUUGAAUGUUCUAUCUGGUCCAGCUAACAAGCCCAUGAUUGAGGUCUCAUACAAGGGAGAAGAGAAGCAGUUCGCCGCUGAGGAAAUCUCAUCCAUGGACUUGAUUAAGAUGCAUGAGAUUGUUGAGGCAUACCUUGGUUCUAUAGUUAAGAACUUUGUUGUUACAGUCCCUGCAUACUUCAACGAAUCUCAACGUCAAGCUACAAAGGGUGCUAGGUCGUUGCUGGUCUUAAUUUUAUGGGUAUCAUCAAUGAGCCUACGGCUGCUGCCAUUGCCCGUUUGUUUAUGUGUAUGGAAUUUGCAAAAUGAAUUGAGAAUUCAGAAGAAGAUUACCAGUUCACUAAGGAAAGAUAUCAGGUUGAUGCUCUUCAGUGCUAUCUUUCCAACUGAGAUACAGACGAUGGAUUCUCAUUUUCUUGUUUUGAUGAAGUUGAUAGUGGUGCCAUUGUGCCAUCUGAGAUUGUACACUCAAUUGACAUUCAUCCUUCGCGAAAGCAGCGGCACAAAUACUGAAGAAAAUGUUUAUGAGAAUCAUGUCACUCAGGCGCUCAAUAGGAUAUAAUCCAAGAUAAUUGGUUCCGGGGAGUGAUCGACCAGAUGGUGGCCCGCCCAUGCGGCUCCAAACGAUCACUCGAAGAUGGUUGGACGUGCUGCCAUUUUAAGACGCUUAAUCUGUGACUUGUUCAAUCAAGCUUUAAAAUAGCGAUGCUUCAUGCAUAUCGAUUGUUUUGAGCUGCUUGCUUUAAAAACGAUGCAUUACAUGCAUCGAGCAUGCAAGAUAUUUCAUGAAUAUCAAAUCCUUAAAUAAUUUAGUUAUUUAACCUAAUAGCAUCGUAUGCUAUUUCUUGCAGCGGGUCCCACGACUCGACCCACUCAUUCGAGGCAUCAAACAU